AUGUUGGCUCCGGAAAUGAGGGAGAAGAAAACCAUGUCUCCCUCCGAGGCCACUCCCCUCCUUACCUCAGUGACCGUCGUUCCCCGACGUCCUCGCUAUCCCCAUCACACCCUCCGGCGUCUCUGCAGCUUCGCAUUGGGUCUUCUCCUCCUCUGCUCGCUCACCCUCUUCCUCAUCCCCUCGGGCAUUUUGCCCCGCGAGCACGGCUCCAUCUGGUCCUACCUCCCCUGGGCCCGUCCCUUCCCGCACGCCGCCUGGCCUCAAAGCAACGGCCUCGGCUACAAGGAACUCCAGGCCAUCCUCCAGGAAACUCCCUCGGCCGCCAAGGCCCGCGAAUGGAGCAGCUACUACACCGCGGGGCCGCAUCUUGCCGGCAAGAACUUCAGCCAGGCGCUCUGGACACAGGAACGCUGGCAGGAGUUCGGCGUCGCGGACACCAGCAUCGUGACCUACGACAUCUACCUCAAUUACCCCGUGGAUCAUGGCUUGCGCCUGCUCAAGCAGAAGGCCGACGGCGAGAAAGCCGAGGUCCAGUAUGAGGCGUCCCUGGAGGAGGACGUGCUCGAGGAGGAUCACACCAGCGGGCUGCCGGAUCGCGUGCCUACGUUCCACGGCUACUCGGCCAGCGGUAAUGUGACGGCGCCGUUUGUCUACGUCAAUUUCGGCACCGUGAAGGAUUUCCAGGACCUGGUUGAUGCGAAUGUCAGUCUGGCGGGCAAGAUUGCGAUCGCCAAGUAUGGCGGUAUCUUCCGUGGGUUGAAGGUGAAGGCGGCGCAGGAGCACGGCAUGGUCGGAGUGGUGCUGUACGAUGAUCCACAGUCGGAUGGCGACAUCACCGAGGAAAAUGGCUACAAGCCGUACCCGGAGGGUCCUGCUCGGAACCCGAGUGCCGUGCAGCGGGGAAGUGUUCAGUUCCUGAGUAUCGCUCCGGGUGAUCCUACCACGCCUGGUUACCCUUCAAAGCCGGGCAGUGAGCGCAAAGACCCCAGUCAUUCGAUCCCCUCGAUUCCCUCCAUCCCUGUGUCGUACCAGGAGAUUCUUCCCUUCUUGAAGGCUCUCAAUGGCCAUGGUCCUAAGGCCGAGGACUUCAAUAAGUAUUGGCAAGGUGGGAAACUCGGCUACAAGGGCGUCAAGUAUAAUAUCGGUCCUACGCCGGAUGACCUUGUCAUCAACCUCUAUAACGAGCAAGAGUACACGACUACGCCGCUGUGGAACGUGAUUGGCGUCAUCAAGGGUUCCAUCCCGGAUGAGGUCGUGGUGGUGGGUAACCACCGAGACGCCUGGAUUGCCGGUGGAGCAGCCGACCCCAACAGCGGGUCCUCUGCCCUGAACGAAGUAAUCCGCAGCUUCGGAGAGGCGCUCAGGGCCGGAUGGAAGCCGCUCCGCACGAUUGUCUUUGCCAGCUGGGAUGGCGAGGAGUACGGUCUCCUGGGCUCUACCGAGUGGGUGGAGGAACAGCUCCCGUGGCUCUCCAAGGCCAACAUCGCAUAUCUCAACCUCGAUGGCGCCGCGUCCGGCCCCAACUUCAAAACCGCGGCGAGUCCGCUAUUGAACAACGCCAUCUACGAGGCCACGGGCCUUGUGCAGUCUCCCAACCAGACCGUUGCCGGCCAGACGGUCCGCGAUGUCUGGAAAGCCGUCGCGAACGGAUAUAUCGGGACCAUGGGAAGUGGUAGCGAUUUCACCGCUUUCCAGGACUUUGCUGGAGUCGCCAGUCUUGAUCUGGGCUUCACUAAUAGGGAUAAAGACGCCGUGUAUCACUACCAUUCCAACUACGACAGCUUCGACUGGAUGGACCGAUUCGGCGACCCGCACUGGCUCUACCACGAGACCUGCGCCAAGGUCCUGGCCUUGAUCACGGCCAACUUGGUCGAGACUCCCGUGCUGUCGCUGAACGCCACGGACUACGGCCUUGGUCUCGCCGCGUACCUGGACAAGAUCCGGCCGGACGCGAAGCAGCUGUCUGACGGCGCCUCCUUCGACUUUGGCCCCUUGGACAAGGCCAUCGCCGAGUUCCAGGAAGUGGCCGUGCGGUUCGAUGCGUACGCGGCGGACCUGGCCUCGCAGUUGGGCAAGGACGUCCCGUGGUACCAUUGGUGGAAGAAGGUGAAGCUCUAUUUCCAGAUCCGGCUGGUCAACGAUAAGUACAAGUUCCUCGAGCGAGAGUUCUUGUACGCCCCCGGUCUGGACGGGCGCAGCUGGUUCAAGCACGUCGUGUUCGCGCCCGGCAUUUGGACCGGCUACGCGGGUGCCACGUACCCCGGGUUGGUGGAGAGCUUUGACGCGGGCGAUGUGUCCAAUGCACAGCCCGAGAUGAUCGAGUAUGUCGGCGUCCCUAAGAGUGAGGUCGCCAAGUGGGUUGGUAUCACCUCGGCCGUGACGGCGAUAUGUCAGGCCGUGAUGGCCGUGUCCUGGGGUACCGCGUCUGACUAUGCCGGUCGGAAGUAUAUCAUCCUGCUGGGGUUGACCUGCACGAUGGUCUUUUCCGUGAUGUUCGGAAUGUCGCAGACACUGGCGAUGCUGGUGGUGUCGCGCGCGUUCCUGGGUCUGAUGAACGGAAACGUGGGGAUCAUCCGUACCAUGGUAGCCGAGAUGGUGCCCGAGAAGGAACUCCAGCCGCGAGCCUUCAGUAUCAUGCCGCUGGUGUGGACCAUUGGAAGCAUCUUUGGUCCGGCCUUUGGUGGUGCGCUGGCCCGUCCCGCAGAAAAACAUCCCGAGCUCUUUGGGGACUCAGACUUUUUGAAGAAGUAUCCUUUUGUAUUGCCCAAUCUGGCGGCUGCAGCGCUGUUCAUCGUGGGCAUUAUCAUUGGCUUUCUAUUCCUCCAUGAAACAUUGGCAUCUAGAAAGGACCGUCGCGACUGCGGGCUCGUGCUAGGAGAGAUGUUGACGCGGUCGUGCAUCUCGCGACCCGAGAAGCGCCGGUACCAGGUUGUUGAAGAUGACGAAUCGACCGCAUUGCUGGGCGACAGGCGAUCACGACAGUCGGGGCAGAAAGGCCCCGGCAAGCGACCCAGCUGGAAGCAAAUCUUUGCGCCGCAGUCACGGCUGGUCCUGCUGGCAUAUGGCUUGAUGUCCAUGCACACUAUGGCCUUCGAUUCCGUCCUCCCCGUGUUCUUACAUACCCCGGUGCAGCGUCUGCAUGAUAACCCUGACGUGCGAUUGCCUUUCAAAUUCUUAGGCGGAUUCGGCGUGGACUCCCAAACGAUCGGAAUCUACUAUACCCUCAUCGGCAUCAUCGGCAUGCUGGUGCAGUUCAUCGUUUUCCCCACCGCUGCCAAGCGAUACGGCGUCCUCAACUGCCUGAAAGUGGUCGCCUUAAUCUUCCCCGUCCUGUACUUCUUAACCCCGUUCACGGCCCUCGUGCCUGAAUCGCUCCGUCACGUCACCGUCUUCCUCCUCAUGCUCGGCAAGCUCUCGGCCUCGAUCUUCGGCUUCCCCUGCACCACCAUCCUACUCACCAACUCCGCCUCCAGCCUCAGCGUCCUGGGCACUCUGAACGGCGUCGGCACCAGCGUCAGCGCUAUCGGUCGCGCCGUGGGACCCGCAGUCGUCGGCGCAGCGUUCUCCUUCGGCGUGAAGCGAGGAACGAUUAUCAUUCCCUGGUGGAUCCUGGGCGUGUUUGGAACUCUCAGCGCGGUCCCAAUGUUCUGGGUCGUCGAGUCGGAUGGAUUCCAUAAUUCGGCGGACGACGAGGGGGACGAAUCGGAACCGGACGCGCCACUCGGUGGAGGUGGAUAUGGCGCGACGGAGACUGAGACAGGACCUCAGACCGAGACUGGCGAUGACGAGCGGCGGAUUUCUAAUCUAAUCAGCUUAGCUUAUGCCACCCUCCACAUAAACUCCGCCCUCAUCCUCUCCCUCCUCACCUCGCUCGGCGGAAUCAUCGGCUUCGCGCGCACCGGCUCCAUCCCCUCCAUCGCGGCCGGCGUCUCCGUCGGCGCCCUGUACCUGUAUUCGUUCGCGCGGCUGCGCAGUGGCCAGGCCUACGGCGAAGAGCUCGGUCUGCUGGCGUCGAUCGUGCUGGGCGGGAGCUCGGUGCCGCGCGCCAUUAAGACGCAGAAGGUGGUGCCCACGGCAUUGAGUUUGGUGGCUGCGUAUGGAUUGUUGGUGUUUGGGGCUGCGGUGAAGGGGGGCACGAAAAGGGCUUGA